AAGACACCGCCGCGACCGCGUCGUCGCUUCCCCAACCAAGCCAAGCCGCCGGGAUCCCUCCCUCCCCCGAUCCCGCCGCCGCCGCCGCCGCCCCCGCCACCGCCCCUCCCCCGCCGCCGGCCGCCGCGGCAUUCUCCGGAGCGCGCGCCUCGGUCCGGAUCCAGGGCCUCGGAGAGUCGGGCGAGCCUUGCCCCUGGGUGCGGCGCAUCUAUCUCAUGGGUGAAGAGGCCGUUGAGUUCAGCGUGGAGAAGGUUGUCGCCGGGGACUGCAAGCAGAGCGCGGUGGACGUCGGCGGCAGGACGUAUGUUAUCGGCAGAUCAGAUGAUGACUCCAAGUCAUCCAUUAUCGUUAAAAUUCUGGACAAACUAACUCAGACUUGGGUUGUACCCACAGUACUUGGGACACAGCCUACUCUGACCAAGUCACAGUCUGCUAUUCCUGUAAAUGAUGAGAAGAUAUUGGUUAUCGAGAAGGGUGUUCCCUUGAAUGAGUCCGUCUGGUUCCUUGAGAUUGACACCCCCUUUGUUAAGCAGCAGCGGAAAAUCAAGGGCACAGAAGUUGUUUCUUGGAGCAAGGGAGUAAUUGGUGUGGGCCAAAAACCAGUUGUGAUUAGUGGGCCUUCUGGUGUUGGUAAAGGGACAUUGAUUGCAAAGUUGAUGAAAGACUAUCCAUCAAAGUUCGGAUUCUCUGUUAGCCACACUACAAGGUCUCCAAGGGAGAAGGAAAUAGAUGGGGUUCACUACCAUUUUACAGAGCGGAGCAAAAUAGAGAAAGAUAUAAGCGAGGGCAAGUUUCUUGAGUUUGCUCAUGUUCAUGGAAAUGUUUAUGGCACAAGUAUUGAAGCAGUUGAAUCUGUUACUGAUGAGGGGAAGAGGUGUAUUCUCGACAUUGAUGUCCAAGGAGCUCGAUCUGUGAGGGCUUCUUCUCUUGAAGCAAUAUUCAUCUUUGUAUGCCCUCCAUCGUUCGAGGAACUAGAGAAGCGCCUUCGGGCACGGGGAACAGAAACUGAGGAGCAGAUACAAAAACGACUCAGAAAUGCUCGGGCUGAACUUGAUCAGUCCAAUUCACCAGGUCUCUUUGAUCAUCUUUUGGUAAAUGAUGACCUUGAAACUUGCUAUGAGAAAUUGAAGAAGUUGCUUUCUCUGGAUGAUGAUCAGGAGGAUUCAGAUUAUCUUUUUAUCAAGGAUGGUAAACAAUCCGCAAGUUAUUGUAUUGUGUCCAAACAUGACUCAAAAAUUUUGUUGCAACCUGAGACUAUUGAAGCCAAAAAUGGAGCUACAAGCUUACUAGCCCUUGAUUUGUCGUCUCUCUCGGGAGGUGCACCUGGACGAACAAGGGGCCUUAAGAUAUGCUCGAUUAACUCCUUUUGACAAGCUUAUAUGGGUGUUUUAGAUGACCCAAAGCAUUCUUCCAAGACUGCAGAAGUGCUGACAUGAAUUUUAGAUCAAUCCGCACGAAUGAAAGCUUCAGAAACACCUUAGUUAGGACAAAAAGGAAACAAACAUGGAAUUUAUUUCCAUUUGUUAUUCAUUUGUGCCAGAAUGAGGCAAAAUCAUAGUGAAGGAUUGUACCUUAUUUUUUGAGGGAUUGUGUACUUUACUGCUGUUGAGAGAUGUUUGUUCAUCAAACAAUGAGAAUUAUGCAAGCCUAUCUAAUUACCUUCUCACAGUCAAUGGCGAAGAAUUUCUGUUGUCUUAAA